AACCCGCACGUAGCGCAGCGCUCACCAGAACCUGGUCGAGUUUUCUCAGCGCGUCUCACUUUUUCAGAAUAACCAGCCAACGAUAGUUUAACCCAGGCUAUUUCUUGUUCCCCAUAUGGACAUUUGGUGUUGGUUUCUGCCUGACGAUACUAAUGUUUAUUUUGCGCAGCAAGGCUCAGGCGUGCAGUGUCUGUUUGUGCGUGCUAAUGUGAGUAUAUAAAAGAAAACAGUGACCUGACUGCAGGCGAGCUAGCCAAACAUUGAUGUCAACAAGGGGCGGUGCACUGGCACAGGUCGGUCUCUAACGCCUCAUGUGUUCGCUUAACUUGCACAAAUAUGUUGUUAAAUCCAGAGGUCAAGCUUCGGUUUUGCUUUACGGUUUUAGAUAUGUUUUACCAGUUUGCAUCAAAGCGUAAUAGCAGCGACAGAAGGCAACAGUAUGGCGUUUGGGUUGUAUCCAGAUAACAGCCAGCAAACUGAUUAAUGUGUCGCAAAAGUAUACCUUUAUCAGCUUAUCUGAUUGGUAUCAACUCUGAUCUUUCAUGUCAGGCCCGUUUAUAGUUGUCUGCGCGUCUGUGCUCAAAUAAGCAGUACAAUCUCCAGGCUUCACCUGCUGCUCCAGUCAGCUGAAGUUUCUGCCAGCCAUGUUUUCAUUCUCAGGCCCCACAAACCUGCCUGAAUUUGACUUCGGACCUCCGUGUAUGUCUGGCCACCAACAGAGAACAGCAAACAACUGGGAAAUAAGAUCUCUCCGGAAGCACAGGAGAAGAGUAGAUGAUGAGGGCUGUAGUGCCAAAAAGAGGAAAUUAAUGUCUGCAGCAGAAGUGGACAUUUCAGAGGAUUCUAAUACUCGUUCAGACUGGAUUACAGCAAAUGGCUGUCCUUCUCCGUCUGCACAACAUGUGGCCUUUACUCCUUCACAAACCUGCUCAGCGACACAGAGCUUCACCGUGUCACAACCGUCCUUUUCCCUGUCCCAGCCUGAGGCGAAUAACUGUUGCAUGGAGAUGGAGGCAGCUCAGAAGAAACUACAGGAGAUCGAAGACAGAAUAACACUUGAAGAUGACGACGAGAAUGACGAUCUGGAUGUAGAGCCGGCUCAGAGACGGCCAGUGCUGGUGCUCUCGGACAGUUUAAAGGAGGGUCUUCAGCGGGGCAUCAGUGACAUCCUCCCCCACACUGUGGCCCAGUCUGUGAGUCAUUCAGGUAUGGAGCUGGUGCUAUGGCGUCCUCCGGAGGAUCCUUUCUGUCGGAGGCUGAAGGACUCGUUACAGAAACAACGUAAACAACAGACAGUAUGUCGGCAGCUCCCGACUCCAUGUCCAUCCCCCACCCCUCACAGUCCACUUAGUCCUUCAAGUCCACCUGCAGACACGCACUCUCCACUAUACAACGUCCCUGUUGUUAACUCUGGAGAGGAGGACAUGGAAAUGUAAAGGUGUUUUGUGAGUUUACAAGCAAUGCCAAAAUCAAGGACUGAAUAAGUGACAUCAUUCAAAUCAGAAUAGAGGUGAUUCAUUUUGUGCCAUUUUGAGCUGUUUCUCUGAGCUUCAUCGCAGAUAGGUACGUGCAUCAUGUAACGGGCAACUUAUUCGUACAGCUUUAUUCAUGUAACACACCUGAAUAAACACAAUUCACAUUUUGUACAUUCUGCUUGGUUUCAUAUUGAUGUAUUGUGAAUAGGACUUUCCUCUUUGUCAAACAUCAGUGUGGAACAUCUGGAUUUUUUUAUUCUGCACCUCUGGGCAUUGCUAACUGGACACUACAAGCUGUUCCCGGCUUUGUGUUUGCAGUUAUUUCAUAACAGUAAGAUGAUCAUCUAGUGAAAGAUAUUUCAUCUGUGAUCUUUGAAGAAUUUAAAGACGUUACGGAAAUGCAAGUUGGUUUUUAUUAUUAGCCGUUUGUAUUUUCCAUACGUAUGUCACCAGCAUUUCAACCAGCUAUGAAGUGUUAUUAAUAUUCUUUGUUUUGUAAUAAAGCUGCAAUGUUCAUGCAACAUC